CAACACAUUCGUUCACUCUGGUGGAGUAAAGUGACAUUGAAAGGGUGCCUCAACGUGGCAUCCUAGAGAAAGACCCCUCUAUUUACCAACAGCCGUCACCACACUCUACCGUCCUGGCCCACGUAGUACCCUCCGAAACGUCCCUACCUCGACUAAUAAAUGACCAGCAUAGGCGCCAGAGAAUUAAAACAAGUGAAAGACACGGAUCGUUAUCCGAACGUGGAGAGAAAAACAACGAAUCAUUUUUGGAAUCAUAUGAAGGAAAAGCGCACGAAUCGUCGUCGCAGUUGCCUUCUCAAUGCAUACCCUUUGUGCUCGGGGAACGAUGAAACCAGAGAUUAGCGCCGCGGUCGGGUUUCUGUCGAGAUUUCUGCGGAUAAAAGGACACGUAAAUGACAGACAGCUUCAAUCAUUCAGCGCAAGUUUACAGGAUAUUUUGUCAGAGCAAUACAAGCACCACUGGUUCCCCGACAGGCCCUGCAAGGGCUCAGGCUACCGCUGCAUCCGCAUCAACCACAAGAUGGAUCCCCUGGUGGGGCAGGCAGGCCAGCGCAUCGGCCUGACCAUCAAUCAGCUCUACCUGCUGCUGCCUAGUGAGCUCACCCUCUGGGUGGACCCCUUCGAGGUGUCCUACCGCAUCGGCGAAGACGGCUCCAUCUGCGUGCUCUACGAGUCCCAGCCGGUGGCCCCGGCGCCGUCGGGAGGCAGUGCGGUCACCUCGACCCCCAUGGUGGACAGUCACAUCAGCUGCAAGGAGGCGGCAGGGAUGUUGGGCAGGACCAGCCCUUCCAAAGCCUACAACAUGAUGACUAUGUCCAGCUAAGGGCUGCCACCCGCCACGUCGGGUCGUGGGUUUCGCCCUAGUUGGUCGAUGGCGAACCUUUUUAAAGCUAAAAAGAAAUUAAAUGAAAAAGAUAAAAAAAAUGAGGAGAAAAGGCAGAGGAUGUGGCCUAUCGUCCAGGUGAAACCUUGUAGGUUUGAUAUUUCUUUUCUCCUUCCUCGCUCCAUAGUCUGUUAUGUUGUGUUGUGGGAUCUACCGGAGGCUUUGUUUUUUUUCCCCGCGGGGGGGGGGCUGUGUGGAGCGUGGAGCUGUUGGGGGCAGCUAAAACAAACCAAGAAACCGGAUCAGAGAAACAGCGCAGAGAAGGGGCUGCUUUUUGUUUUCGUUUUGUUUUUACACCGGUCUAUCAAUGUUGACUUUGCACUUUCUUCUCCACGUGGUUACAAUGGGUACCAUGUCACCACCACCCCCACCACCCUCUCAAAAGCUUCAAGGAACUGCUGUCAAGAACCAUACCGUUGAAUUUCAGCCUUUUAUCUACUUCCUGUUGUUAUUGGGUAUACUUCCUGUCUAGGAAGGAAGGUAAGGGGCUGAGGUCCGGACUGUGCCUGUUUCUAGGUCAGUCUCUGGGGAAACGCUCUAAGUAAUUUUCUUCUGAAUCCCAGUUUUUGGACCAUAGGGUAUUUCUUUACCCCCAGAGGCUGCCCCAUAUACCAGCGUCGAGCUUCAGGAAGCCCCUCCCCUCCAUAUGGAAGUGCAGUGGAAUGCGCUGUGACACCUGUUGCUAAGGACAGUAGUGUGUCACAGUGCACCCCACCAACACCCCCAACCAUGUAUGUGUAGCUUUCUGGGGAGGGCUGGGUAUUUGUCCCCUCCCCUUCGAUCAAUGUUGGUUUGAAAUUCACAAUCAAGGUCUCGUUUUGUUUAUAUCCCUCCAUUCCCACCCUGACCUUUGGCCCUCACCAAAUUCAAAGUGUAGCAUAGGUGGCACUAUAUUGUCACCGAAAUCUGGAUCAUUUGUUUUGGUUGUUGUGGCCCUGUCAGAAGAAAUGACAUUGAAUGCACUUUUGACAUUUAGAUUGUGUGGGAUGUGUACUUCUAGAGAAAACCAUCUUCAUUCCAUUUGUUCCAAUGUCAUCUUUCAUGAGCUCCUUUUCUUUUGUAAAUGACUCACAGCUCUUACGUCAGGCUAGACCCCACUCUAUAGAAUUGGGGAGAGUAACUCUGAAGGUUUUAAAAAGAUUUCACACUGUAAGCAUUUCAUUCAGAUCCGUUGAGGUGUUGGUAGGGAGGUGCGGUUUGGCGUCGUGACAGGUUAGGCGUCUGUUGUCCGUUUGUAAGGCACUUUUCUCGGAAGCCCCCCCCCCAACACACACACACACACACACACACACACACACAGAUGGCAAUUUGAGACACUUAUAGAACUCUGAUAGAUCUCUCUGCAGCUGUCGAGGGGUGUGUGAGUGUAGCCAAAGGGAAGUCAGUACGCCCCUGCCUGACUGGGUCCAAGGCUUUCAACACCUCCUUUCUUCUGUCUCUCAGUUUGGAUGAGGGGUGCGUUGCCUAACGUAGGACUUCAAUGUUACACCUAUGAGCCAUUCUCUGGAGAACCGAGAGAGAACCAGCAUAAUGUUAGCCAGCCUGGUUCGAGGUGCUGCUGGACCCUCUCUGGAGGUGUGCCUGUCAGGGCAGACAGACACAAGAAGCCCCUCUUGUGCCACAUAAUACCCACAGCCAGCUAACCAACCAGCCAACCCCCUCCCCCUAAUAGCAGUAUGGAGAUAGCAGUAACACAUAUCACCUUUCCUCGCCCCAGGGGAGGGAAUGAGGUGGUGCGGGGGCCAGAGCCGGAUACUCUCGUCCAGGGCAGCUACAAUCCCUCCGGCCCCCUCUAAACUAACCUCCACCCAACCAACCCUCUCUUGGCGGUGGAGAGCAAAGCCAGCACAUGCACUCAGCGCACUCCGUCUGCACUGGGAGCCCACAUAGAGACAGGCAACAAAGAGGAGACAAAGGAUAGGAAGUGACGGUACACAGUCCAAAUUUCUUUGUUUCUUAGGCUGAGCACUGAACUAGUUUACAUGAGUGCAAUAGGACGAUGGUGGUGUCAGUCCUCCUGUAGCUCACUCCUGGUUGGUCACGCUGCAGACAGACAGACGAUGUGACAGGCUGUGGGGUUUCGGGGCUUUUAGCCGCUAAGCUGGCCAGGCUGGGCACCAGCCCAUCAGACCUACAUGUGCUUCUUUAAGCUCCCUAAGCACAGAGGAUCAUGGGUAAAUGAUCUGUGGUUGUUGAUGCACUGCCCACCCUAUCCUCCCUCAUCCACUCCCCUCCUCCUCACUGUCCCCCCUCUCUCCAUUUCUCCUGGUGCUCCUUCAGCAAUCUGUGGAAAAAGCAGUGUCUCCACAUGAGCCAGAUGGACAUGUCUGAGAGAGUAGCCCAGAGCUUUGUUGUUGUGGUUGAAAACCAGCGUUUUAAAAACCUUGCAGCUCCUCUAUUGCUUCGAUUAUGCCAGCUAUCGAUGUUGUUAUGAGAUUGGUCUGUGUUUCAGACGUAGCAAGUUGUCCCUCUUUUUGCUAUAUGUAUUUUAAAGUCACAGAGGUAGCAUCUCAUCCCCCCCUCCCUUUCGCCCUAGUCUGAUCAUCUAUCCCGAUCAUCUAUUUGACUUCAUUUUUAGACCUACCAAAAAGGAAACGAAGCCGAAAUUGUUUGAUCUCUUUCUCGACAGUAACACCACCACCAAAACAAUUGGAUUUAGUCCACAAUAUCAGAUCUGUAAAUGCAUCCAUUCAGCCUUUGCGCACAGAGGUUUCAGAAACGUUGUGAAAAGUGUUUUUGAAUAGUCGGAGGUAAUAGCACAUAAAAUGCACUAAAUAUGUCAAGUUGAAGUUGUGACGUUUUUGAGACGCGAGGAGUCUCUUCUGGAAUGUAUUACCAAACUCAGGCCUCGGACAUUCAAUAAAACACUUCUGGAAAAGCUGUGCAUGUUAAGACGUGAAACGGGAAGGGAAUAGUUGUCACUGAUUCAUCAAUGAUUUUUGAAUUAUUGCCACUUUCACAUUUAGGGUGUUUUACAUAUUCUAGAAUCUAUUGCUAUUGUACUCCAUAUGGUAGAAUACAUGCAUAACAUUACACAAUGGGAAGUGCCAAUCAUUUGUUUUGAGGUGUUUAGAUGUAUUUCUUUUGCGUUUCCUAGUUUUAACACUGAUAACUAUUUUCGUAAGUGAAGCCAUUUGAGAUGGGAGUGUUGGCAAGGACCAAUCUGUUUUGGUAAAAGAAAUAUCAGUUUCCAUGCCCUGUACUGAUAGACUUAUCCUUUGUUUUUUUUUAACUUACAAAACAAAAAAAACGUUUAAAAAAUCUGAGCGUACCCAAGAAGAAAAGCUGUCUACUCUACCUUGUGAUUUCAUGUCAGUACAUCUUUAUUGUGUUCAUUUUCUUUUCCUUGGGUAUGUUGUGAUGAACUGCUGUAAAUUUGUACAGUUCAUGUAAAUUGAUUGUGCGAAAGUUGUACAGAUUUCUAUAUUUUGGAAGAAAAGUUGUUUUUCUUCUCUGUAAUAAAAUAUUUCCUAUCUUGGCAACAUA